AACAAUGGUGGACAUACUAUUGACCGUAAAAUCUUCUUAUUGAUACAAACAAUUAUAAAAAUCUUCAUUUGAAUUUAGGAAUGCCGACCAAUACAGAUCAUUCUACAGACAAGUAUUGUUUAGUAUAGUGGAUUAAGUUAGUAGUAUGUAUAUCUACAACAUGAGUUGAACUCACUGACGGCUUAAUCUAUCAUGGGAGUCGGACCUUCAUUGCGGAUUAAAGAAAUUUUAAGCAUACAGUCUCUGUCUGACUGCUGCUAUCCUGUGUCCCCUUACAUUCCCUUUCCUAAAGACAUUUGGCCAGCUGGAGAUGAUGGGCUAGUGUCUGGCUUUCACAUUCUACCUGAAAAAUUAAGACGAGGGGUUGAUGAUGGCACCUGGUUCUGGUGGUGUGAUGCUGAGUUUGUUCCAUUUAAAGACAACACUUUGUAUGCCACAUCCUCGGCUUACCAUCCUCGUCCUGGUCAAACAUGGACGCCUGUUCCCAACGCCAUGAACGGCCGAGUUCUUCAGUACAACUUACUUGCUCCUGAUGAUGUCCAAUGCACCAUAUUUAGCCGCACCAACAGCACAGUGUUGCCCAAUGUGGUGCCGCAUCCCCUGGGUGAGAUGGUGGCCUACUGUGGGACCGGUGAGGCCGUGGUGAUGGCCAACAAUGGCGACCCUGUGUACACACGCAGCCGUGACCUGGCCAACGCUGUCCAUGUCUACUGCUCUGUGGCCAACAAUGGUAUCAGCCUGGCAUGCUUGAAGCGGGGGACUCUGGAUUUUUUUCUGGAACUCUAUGAACUUGAUUCUGGCAUCCAAACCAACGCAAGCAUGCGAUGUCGACAGAUCUGUCAAGGAUUUAUUCCCUCCAGAAAUCGGACGGACAACGUUGCUUGUAAAUUUUCCCCUAACUCAAGACUACUGGCUGUCAGUGGUUCUCAAGGUAUACUGUUCACUGUCAGGGCCACCACACUGGCGAAGUAUCUGACCAUCUGCCCUGACCUGCUAGAUGAGAACCUCUCGUCUCCGUUAGCUUUUGAUUUCAACCCACAAUUUGCUUUUGAAGUCCUGACAGUGGCCACAAAAAACAGAUUUGUUCACACACUGAACAUCUCCACUGCUGAGGUUCUCUCAUCUUUUGAGACGGAUGAGGACGUCGACUGUCUGAACUACAGUCGGGAUGGUCAGCUGAUUGCUGUAGGUUUCCACAACUUUGACAUCGUUGUCUAUGACUCUGAGAAUCAGAAUGUGUUCCACAGCAUUGACAUGUCCGUGUUGUGCCAGGAGCAGACCCAGAGAAUCCAGCGCGGGUAUCCCACAAUCCUUCAUCUCAGCUUCUCUCAGAAUGGUGAGCACCUGGCCAGCACAACGUGUGACGGACAACUGCGUCUGUGGAGGAUCCCGAGGGUGUUUUCUCUACAGGAGCUAUGCAGGGACGCCAUCUUGGCCAGCACCCCCAUCAGGAAAAUUCAGCGCUUACAAAAUAUCCCACAAAAGAUGAUCAACCUUUUGUUGUACAAAUAUUUCUAAACAUUUGAAUCUUCAUGUUUUUGUUUCGUUUAUGUGUUUGUGUCUUGGUGUAUAUUUUUAAUGUCUGGACAAAGUAAGAAAAAAAAAUGAAGCCACAUUUUUCAUCAUAAAUAAGCAAAUUUUUCUUGUUGUUUUUUUU